UACAUUGCGUGAUAUGAGCCCGUCUGAUCAGUCUUUACUCGCUCCCUGCGUCGCACUAGACAGCCCGCAAAGAAUAAUGAAUCAGCCAAGAAUAAAGUUACUACAAUUUCCUCUCCAUCCUGGUCUGAGGAGAGCGCACAACAAUGGACUGUUGCUGAGAAGAAUCACUCCGCUGGGAAAGGAACCAGCCAGCCAGUCAGACACCCCGGACAGGAAGUCAGUCAGCGAGGCAGUCACCGUGUCAGCGAGUCCAUCAGCCGGUCACUCGGUCAUUCAAUCAAGCAGUGACACGACCUGGUCCCGCCCGCGCCAUUCGGACAGUCAGUCAAUUAGUCACUAAGUCAGUCAGUCAGUCAGUCAGUGUUGCCUUGGAAGUGUGAGAGCGGUGAGAGGGGAAAGCGAUCUCUCUCUCUCCCACGGGCCUAGUCGCAUCAUUGCCCGUGACACCCUCUCCUGUGUGUUAUCUCAGUGAUCCGAGAGGGGCUGGAGGUGAGAGGGUAGUGUGGUGGAGGGGCGUGAUUAGAAGUGUGUAAAGAGAACAAGCAAGCAAGCAAAGGGUGUGCGUGUGUGUUAAUUGCCCUUGGUGGUGGUAGUGGUGGUAGUAGUAGUAGUGGUGGUGAAAGAAGAGGAGGAGAAGGAGGAGGAAGAGUCAUGUGUACGUGUUUGUGUGUAAAGGAGGUGGUGAAAGUUAAGAAAAGAUAAUGAAAGAGAUAGUGAAAAGAUCGAGCAUUUCGUUCCCUGGUAAGUAGCGCCAUUGCCACCUCCACCCUUGUCCUCCAGAGCUCAUUGUGUAACGCAGUGCAGGACUGUUGCAAAAAUCAAGUUAAAAAGUUUGAAAAUAAGACUGAGGCAGCAGCAGAAGGGAGGGAGGGAAAGAGAGAGAAAGAGAUGGAGGGAGCGAGGUCGGGUGUGGAAAAAAUAGUGAGGCUAUGCACGUGUCGCUAAUUAAGGAUAAUUAGAAAAGACGUAAAGUGCUUUUGAAAAAAUAAAUGAAUAAAAGUUUUGAGCUUCACCUAGUACGCUUUAAGAUUUAUAGAGGAAAGAAAAAUAAAGGCUGGUACACACGUCGCUAAACAGACCGUUGUGCUGUUUCUGAAUUUGUUGACUCCACGGGAGGCGGUGAAAAAUAACAGCAGAAGAAAGGAAAAGAAAAGUGAGAGGGAAAAAGGAAAUAAAAAAAAGAAAACAAUUGGUUGAAAAAAAAAUGAUAGGACA